AUGUGCCGCUCGGCUCUGAACUUCGUGCGUGGAGGCGAGUGCUCGGAGCUGGAGACUUGUGAGAAGUGCCUCGAAGGAGCUCCCUCCCGCAACAUCACGGACUGCGCGUGGCUGCACUGCAGAGAAGCCGAGGGGCCGGGGACCGGGAGCUGCGUGAAGAAAGGGGAGCCGGCCAAGGAGAAGUGCUCCAUCUACAACGUCACCACGAUGUGUCAAGCACCGAAGUCUCCCACCGAGAAGCCUCGGCCAGUCUCCACCAAGGAGCCAGCGAUACACACGCCAGGGACGACGACAGCCCCCCCGCUGACGGGCACCCCCACCUUCCGCCCGCCCGGCUUUGACACGGCCAGCUUCAUUGGGGGCAUCGUGCUGGUGCUGAGCGUCCAGGCCGUCAUCUUCUUCGUCAUCAAGUUCCUCAAGUCCAAGGACAGCACCUACCAGACGCUGUUUGGUCUCCGUGUUGUGCUGGGGGGUCUCCCUUGUGAGGACCAGACACCGGGGCAGUGCAGCCCCCGCUCCCCAGACACCCUGGGGCUCUGUGCCUGGGACACCCCUGAUCCCAACCAGCCACCGCACGGCCCUGCCUGA